AUGGCUGGGACAUUGGUAGAGACGAGAGAUAAGCAGGAGUGCCCAGACUGUCGGGCCCGUUUCACCCGCCAGGAGAACCUCAAACGCCACGCUGCACUUCACACUCGCUCGCAGGAGAAGGUCUCCUUCCCUUGUGGCUUCUGCCGUACCACAUUUUCCCGGAGGGACCUGCGCCUACGCCACAUAAAGAGGAAACAUCCGGAACAGGACGAUGGGUUGCCACCAAAGAGAGCACGCCGCUCCCCGCCAGCGGCGCCCUCGACCGACCCUGACUGCUCCAGUAGCGAGGCAUCCGAAGACGCAAAGACUCCCUCAGCCUCGCUCUCAGAAAGCCAGUACAGCUUGCUCUCUCAGCAGUGGGACAAGGACAUGCACCUGGACCUGAGCGACGCCGCUUGGAACAUCGAGCUGUCUUGUGUGGACGACGGGCGAGGCCACCUCCAGCACGACUACCAGUACCGCCAGUCCCGGGGAGGCAUCGCCUUGUCCACCAGCUUACCAACGAGUGCUGGGGGCGAUGACGUUGUUCAUGGCCGGAGAUUGUUGGCGACGGGCUCCACACCAGCUGCCAGUGUUUGCUUUCCACAUGCCACCGCCGACUUGGACCUGGCCAUGUCGCUUGGCACAUCCGGGCUCGACUAUGAUCAUGGGCCCGGCGUUCAGAUGCCUUCACCGGCGGCGGGGCAUACGCAGACCUCCUCACCCGAGGCCAGUCCAGAUACUGUCAUGUGCAACACACAUAUCCCCGACGGUCUAUCGCCCAGGGACCUAACCUACGUCCAGGACGACUGGUACCCCUCAGGCUCGCAGAUAGUCCGCGGCCUUGACUUGUACUUUAUCCACAUCUCACACUUUGUCCCCUUCCUCCACCAACCGACCUUCGACGCUGCCCAGACCGCCCCUUACCUGGUGCUCAGCAUGCUAUGCCUGGCCUACCAGCACGGCGAGGACCCCGAUCGGGGUGAUCAAGCCGGCUCCGGCAGCAGCAUAUCACUACGUUGCUUUCACAGAGCCCGGGUCCUACUCGCCACUCAGGAAGAGAGUGAUGGCGACUUCACACACAACCUCUCACUGGUCCAGGCAAACCUGCUUCUCGAGAUCUGCGCCAUCAUGUACCUCUGUGGGAAGGACUCGGCAUACGGCUUGAAGAUGCACUCGAGGAUAAUCUCGCUCGCACGGUUCAGCGGGUUGACCCAACCGACGCCGCCAGAGGUCGCGGCGAGCCAGGACUUGGAAGCGCUUUGGGGGGGAUUCAUCAAGGCUGAGUCACACAAACGGACGCUGUUCGCCGUCCACCAGAUAGACGCGCUGCUGUACCAAUUCCUCUCCAUACCCCGUUCGCUCUCGCACCUCGAGAUCAAACAUGAGCUUCCCUGUCCGGAGGGCUGCUGGACCGCGCGGUCUGCCUCCGACUGGGCGUACCAGCAGCUGGUGACGAGGCAGUCCACGCCCCCGGUGCAAUACGCCGAGGCUGUCCGCCGCGUCCUGUCGCCCGAGCCGGACCUCGAGUCGCUCCCGUCGUUCGACCCUUACGGCGCCAUCAAUAUCGCCCAGUUCCUGCUCUCCAGCGCCCGCGAGGUAUCAGGCUGGUCCACCAUGACGGGCCGGCUGAGCCUCGAGAGACUGGAGCCCCUGAGGUCAUCCCUCGUUGCCCUUGGGCCUUGCAUCCGGCCCUCGCGGCCGCAGACAGGGUUCGACGCCGGCGGCACAGAUGGCAGCAGUGGCAGCUCAUCAAUACUCGCGGCAUCGCGGGAAGCGACCUGGGAGAUGGCCAUGAUCGAGCUGCAGAUCUGGUCGCCGUCACACACCUGCGGGAUCGUGGGGGGCAGCGUGGAUGCAGUGCUCAAGGAAUCGACAUACCUGGCGUCGUCGAGCGAGAUCCUGUUUGGCGCCGAGACGGCCCGCGCCACGCAGCCUCACAUAGACUGGUUCCUGCGCUACCUCGACACGACGCUGAGCCCCGAGUCGGAGCCGCCGUGGGUCGCACUUUUUGCCUUCAAGGCGUUCCUGAUCGCCUGGCAGCUUGUGCGCAAGGGCGUUUCGGGUGCGAUGCAGGCAGUCGGGGUGCUCGACGGCGACGCCGUGGGGGCUAUAGAGUGGGCCAAGGGGGCGUUCCGGCGCAGGGAGCGCUGGUGCCUUGGGAAGUUGAUAUUGGCAUGUCUGGAUGUCUUGGAAUCAUGA